AUGGCCUUCACUGACCUACUGGACACCCUGGGCGGUGUGGGCCGCUUCCAGCUCGUCUACACAGCGCUGCUGCUCCUGCCCUGCAGCCUACUGGCCUGUCACAACUUCCUGCAGAACUUCACAGCUGCUGUGCCUCCCCACCACUGCCAGGGCCCUGCCAAUGGCACUCCAGUCACCACCAACCACUCGGGGGGCUGGCUGAGGGCCACCGUGCCCCUGGAUGAAGCCGGGGUCCCUGAGCAGUGCCAGCGCUUCACUGAGCCUCAGUGGGCCCUGCUGACCCCCAACACCUCCAUCCAUGGGGCAGCCACGGAGGGCUGUGAGGACGGCUGGGUCUAUGACCAAAGUGUGUUCCCGUCCACCAUCGUGACAGAGUGGGACCUGGUGUGUGAGGCACGUACCUUCCGGGACCUGGCGCAGUCCAUCUACAUGGCGGGCGUGCUGCUGGGCGCCGCUGUGUUUGGCAGCAUCUCGGACAGGCUGGGCCGCAAGGCCCCCCUGAUCUGGUCGUACCUGCAGCUGGCCAUUUCGGGGGCUGCCACUGCCUACUUCGGUUCCUUCAGCACCUACUGCGCCUUCCGGUUCCUCACGGGCAUGACCUUCUCCGGCAUCAUCCUCAACUCCCUGUCGCUGGUGGUGGAGUGGAUGCCCACCCGGGGCCGGACCGUGGCGGGCAUCCUGCUGGGCUUCUCCUUCACCACAGGCCAGGUCAUCCUGGCCACUGUGGCGUACGUGAUCCGCCCAUGGCGAUGGCUGCAGUUCGCCGUCUCUGCCCCUUUCCUCAUCUUUUUCCUCUAUUCCUGGUGGCUGCCGGAGUCGGCCCGCUGGCUGCUGCUUCAGGGCAAGUCCCAGCUGGCCCUGCAGAACCUGCGCAAGGUGGCGACGCUAAACGGGAGGAAGGAGGAGGGGGACCGGCUGACCAAGGAGGUGGUGAAUUCUUACAUCCAGAGCGAGUUUGCCAACAGCCGGACCUCUAACUCCAUCUUGGACCUGUUCCGAACCCCAACCAUCCGCAAGGUCACCUGCUGUCUCAUGAUGGUCUGGUUCUCCAACUCCGUGGCUUACUAUGGGCUCGCCAUGGACCUGCAGAAGUUCAAGCUCAGCAUCUACCUGGUGCAGGUCCUGUUUGGGGUCAUUGACAUCCCUGCCAUGCUGGUGGCCACCACCACCAUGAUCUACGUGGGUCGCCGGGCCACUGUGGCCUCCUUCCUCAUCCUGGCUGGCUCCAUGGUCAUCGCCAACAUGUUUGUACCUGAAGACAUGCAGAUCCUGCGCACAGCACAGGCUGCACUGGGCAAAGGCUGCCUGGCCAGCUCCUUCAUCUGCGUGUACCUGUUCACGGGAGAGCUGUACCCCACGGAGAUCAGGCAGAUGGGAAUGGGCUUUGCCUCAGUCAAUGCCCGCCUUGGAGGUCUGGCUGCACCCCUGGUCACCACGCUUGGGGAGAUCAGCCCUGUCCUGCCACCUGUGAGCUUUGGGGCCACCUCGAUCCUGGCCGGGUUAGCCAUCUGCCUCCUGACCGAGACCCGCAACAUGCCCCUGCUGGAGACCAUUGAGGCGAUGGAGAGGAGAGCCAAAGGAGGCCCCAGCACGAAGGUUGUGGAAGAGAAGAGCGAAGAAAUUUCCCUCCAACAGAUGGGAGCUUCUGCUCUCAAAGAAACCAUCUAG